UCCGUUUUUGUUAUUUAUGGUCAUGGCCUUGGAGCAGCAGGUGGUCCUGAGCCCCGUUGACGGCGACGCUAACGGCGCUGACGCCCGCCAACCCACGUCCGGUGACGACUCCAGCAAGGCGCCGAGGCUGCCACGCUGGACGCGGCAGGAGAUUCUCGUGCUGAUAAACGGUAAGCGGUACGCGGAGAGCCGGGGCGGGGGCCGGACUCCGAGGUCGGACUUCGGGUCGGGUCAGUCAGAGCCCAAAUGGGCGGCGGUGUCGAACUACUGCAAGAAGCACGGGGUGAACCGGGAGCCGGUCCAGUGCAGGAAGCGGUGGAGCAAUUUGGCGGGGGACUUCAAGAAGAUCAGGGAGUGGGAGGCGCAGAGGAAGGACGAAACGGAGUCCUUUUGGGUGAUGAGGAACGACCUAAGGAGAGAGAGGAAGCUGCCGGGGUUUUUCGAUAAGGAGGUUUACGAUAUAAUGGAGGCGGUUCCAGGUACUCCGACUACGCUGGCGUUACCGGGUCCGAACCGGGUGGAGUCCGAGGAGUUGAAGGAGGAGGGGAUGGCGGAGGAGGCUGAGAACUUGUUCGAUAGCAUACAGAGACCGACUGAGGACGGGUUAUUUUUGGAUGACGAGUCCGGUCGGAGCCCCGAAAAGGAAGUCCGGUUCAAGGAGGAUCCGGUGAUUUCAGCUCCCUUGCCAAUAUCAGAGAAGGUGUACAAACCAAUGCCACAAGGACAUCAAGGACAAGGUGCAGCAGACCCAAAACACCCAGCUUCAAUCCCAGAGUUUGGAUCUACCUCUCAAGACCGGAAGCGGAAGCGUUUUGCAACGGAAGGAGAGGAGGAAGCAUCCGAUCUGCAGAAUCAGUUGGUUGAUGUCAUGGAAAGGAAUAGCAAAGUGCUGGCUGACUACCUCCACGCUCAGAAUUCCCAUUCUCAACUCGACCGGGAGCAGAGGAAAGAGCAUUCCGAUAACGUGGUUGCUGUUCUUAACAAGCUUGCAGAUGCAUUCAUGCGAAUCGCCGAGAAAUUGUAGCGCAGAAAUCAGUGUAUAUAGAGAGAGAAGUCCUCUUCAAGAAACCCCCAUAGAUGUUAGCGGAGGCUGAGAAAAUGGUGGAAAAAUUUAUAUGGUGGGAUGGCGGCGUCCAGUAGAGCAUUUACACCUGUCAUUCUACAUUUUCUUUUAAUUUUCUCCUAUUUUUAUUUUUGGUGUGUCACUUUGUGGCAUUUUUUCCCCAUUUAUAUUUCAUAGGGUCCAUACACACAAGGGUUUAGAAAUUUCAAAGGAGUUAGCACAAUGUUUUAAGGUUUAAUGUUUUUCUUUCAUAUAAAUGUCCAGCUCUUAUGAUAUUUUCCUAUCAAAGGAAUAAACUCUCAAUAAUGCCUUGUGGUUA